UUCUCCUCUAACCGGAGGCAUCCGCUGAGCUCCCGACCAUGCCCGAGCCCGCCAAGUCCGCGCCCGCCCCGAAGAAGGGCUCCAAGAAGGCGGUGACCAAGGCGCAGAAGAAGGACGGCAAGAAGCGCAAGCGCAGCCGCAAGGAGAGCUACUCGGUGUACGUGUACAAGGUGCUCAAGCAGGUGCACCCCGACACCGGCAUCUCGUCCAAGGCCAUGGGCAUCAUGAACUCGUUCGUCAACGACAUCUUCGAGCGCAUCGCGGGCGAGGCGUCGCGCCUGGCGCAUUACAACAAGCGCUCGACCAUCACGUCCCGCGAGAUCCAGACGGCCGUGCGCCUGCUGCUGCCCGGCGAGCUGGCCAAGCACGCCGUGUCCGAGGGCACCAAGGCCGUCACCAAGUACACCAGCUCCAAGUAGACGCGCGAGCACGCGGCCUCACUCCUGACCCAAAGGCUCUUUUCAGAGCCACCCACGCCUUCCCGUAAAGAGCUGUGCGCCGGCCAGUCCUGGGGCUGAGCCUUGGGCCCGACGUUCCAGAGGUCGUCCCCGGCCCCUCAUGUCCCCUCCAUUGGCAGCCCUGCCGCGCGCUCGGGCCCGGGGAGUGUAACCCAAUGGGGCUGAGACGCAGCGCGUGCUCACCUCUUGCCAUUGCCCCGUCGGCUGGAGGCGCAGCUCCCCGCGCGGCUUCUACCUGGGCCGCGGCGCCUCGGGUCCCGGAAUAAACGUCAUCACUGGGCGCCGAAGGCCUCGCCAGCGUUUGAAAAGCCCGCGCUGGACCGGCGUGUGUGGGUGGGGGAGCGCCUCUAGGUGUCGCUGCGGCGCUAAUUCCUCCCCCCCACCCCGCCGGGCCUGGGCGUUAGGGACUCGCCCGGCGCUGUCUCUCGGGGUCUUUAGAGACAUGUUGGGCGCCUGCAGCGCCCCGGGGAGAGCAGUGGUUACGGCACCUGCUUCGACCUCCUUGAUGUUUUUAGGAGGCGCUUAAGAGUUAGGUGUGUGUUUUGGUUUUAACGGCAAAGCACACAAUCCCUUCCGCACUUACGCCUCGUCUCACAGACCAGACCUGCAGCACAAUUCCCAGGACGCGGUCUCCACCAGGUUCCUUGUCUGCAGCCUCCAGCGCGCCCUCUCGCACCGUCACUUUCCAGUUCCCAUCCGGUCUCCAGGUCCUGGUCAGGAGAGGGGCCCGGGCCAGUCUGGACGUGGAGGGGAAGUAGUAAGUAAUGUGGGAAUAGAAAAUGCUUUUCUAUGCCUUUCUUUAAAGUAUACAUACAUACACCUUACGUGAGGCAAACCGGGCACGUAUGCCGGGUUCAACGUCCAUGCGCUGGGCACUCGGGUCUGGAAGCCUACGGCCUGUGAACCAGUGAAGCUGAGCAGACUGCAACCCACAGGAAACACCGCGACUUCCCUUCCCUCAUUUACCUGGAAACCGCAGAGGGUUACUUCUGGGAGUGACAUAGGGGCAGGACACCCCACAUUAAAGCAGUAAGAGGUGGCAUCGCUGUCCUUUGAGAAACACUCCUUCGUAUACACGCUUCCCUGCCACCACUUACUCUCAAAACGGCGAAGUAGCACUGCCUCUGGGUCAGUGGGCCGGGUUCCAGCCAUCAGACAGAGGGUCUGGGUUUGACCCCUGGAAAGGGCGUAC